GUUACCUAAUAAACCGACUUCAUACAUAUACAUCUCCGUCUCCCGCAUUGGCAAUGGCAAUCAACUUUGAAAACCAUCUCCCACGCCCUGUCGACAACUUCCCUCCUACUUUAUGGGCUCGUUAUUGCUUUCAUGCAUUCUCCAUUGACAAUCAGGUUGCUGAAGCAUAUGCAAAAGAGAUUGAGAUUUUGAAGGAACAAACAAGGGCUACGCUGCUGCACACCAUUGAUGAUGUGGCUGAAAAAUUAAGAUUCAUUAACUUGCUGGAACGUCUUGGAAUAGCAUAUCACUUUGAGAAAGAGAUUGAUGAUCAACUCCGACAUAUUUAUACCCAUCCCGUCCACUUGAAUGACUUGGAAACCGUUGCUCUUCAGUUUCGGUUGAUGAGGAAACAUGGUUACAACAUUUCUACUGAUAUAUUCAGUAACUUUUUGGACGGAAAUGGGAAGUUCCGAGACACCUCUGAUGUGAAGGGUCUGCUGAGUUUGUACGAAGCUUCGUACGUUAGAACACGCAGUGACGAUGAGGUUUUAGAAGGCGUGACCGCUUUUGCGGCGACUCGUCUCCGAUCUGCAGCACCACUUCUGGAACCCAACAGCACUUUAGAAAAGGUGGUGACGCACGCUCUAGAUCAGCCAUUGCACACCGGCAUGCCAAGAAUUGAAACCCGAUUUUUCAUUUCGGUGUACCAAGAGGAAGACGACUCGUCCAGGAACUAUGACUUGCUCCACUUUGCCAAAUUGGAUUUCAAUUUGUUGCAGAUGUUGCACAAGCAAGAGCUCAGUCAAGUAUCAAGGUGGUGGAAAGAUUUGGACUUUGUGACAAAACUUCCUUAUGCAAGGGAUAGAGCAGUUGAAUGCUAUUUUUGGGCACUAGGAGUAUACUUUGAGCCUCAAUAUUCUAAGGCUCGAGUCAUGCUUGCCAAAAGCAUUUCAAUGGUUUCGGUUGUGGAUGACACCUAUGAUGCUUAUGGUACUAUAGAAGAAUUAGAGGUCUACACAGAUGUCAUACAAAGGUGGGACAUUAAUGAAAUCAACCGACUGCCAAAUUAUAUGAAAAUUAGCUAUAAAGCUUUGUUAGACCUUUUUGACAAGGAUGACAAGGAGCUUUCAAAGGAAGGAAGAUCAUAUGUCGUUCAAUAUGCAAGGGAACGAAUGAAGGAACUUGUGAGAUGCUACUUUAUUGAAGCCAAAUGGUUUACUAAUGAAGGAAACAGGCCUGCAUUUGCUGAAUACUUAAGAAACGCAUUCGUUACUUCCACUUACUAUUUGUUGGCCACAAUAUCUUGCUAUGGGUUGAAGUCAGCUGAUGAGAAAGUAUUCGAUUGGUUAAUGAAAAAUCCUAAAAUUCUUGAAGCAGGCGUCACUAUAUGCAGACUCAUCGAUGAUAUGGCCACCUUUGAUGGAGAAAAAGAUAGAGGGCAACUUACAACGGGCAUUGAAUGUUACAUGAACGAAUGUGGUGCAUCACUAGAAAAGGCUAUGGAAAAGUUUCAAGAAUUGACCGGACUUGCAUUGAAGGAUUUGAAUGAGGGACUUCUUAAACCAACACCUGUAUCUAGUGAGAUUCUCUUACGCAUUUUCAAUCUUACUUGCAUUAUUUUUGUCGCAUACCAACAUAAUCAAGAUGGAUAUACUUGUCCUGAAAAGGUUUUGAAGCCUCACAUUAUUGCCCUAUUCGUGGAUCCGGUGCCACUCUAGUGAAGUAUUAAUAGCAUUGUGUUUGUAAUAAUAAAGUGUCCUAUAAUAACAACUCUUCUUGAGUUAUAUGCAAGCUAGGGCAAGUAUUAUGUUCUUGGUCAUAUCAUUGCGUACUUUUUGAAAACCUGUUCUCGUCUUUGUUGUAAUUGUUUCUUAAAUUUGGUGAUUAAUAAAUUUCCCAAUAUCCUUUAUUUUAA